UGCUCACCUGCGCGCGCCCUGAAUGCCCAAAUUAGCUCGCGCAAGAUUCUCCCUAAAGCUUCUGAGCGCGUGUGCACUUAACUGCGCGAGCGCUGGAGCGCUUUAUGAAGACCUGCCCUGCUGAAAAAAGACCGUUCGAACCGUUAGGACUAAAACCUGGCUUUUACUUUCUAAUGGAAAUUGGGUUAAGGUUAACGUUAAAGUUUCCAGUAGGACACCUCUGGAUCCCAUUAGGACACCUUUACACUGUGAUAUCAGCCCUGCGAGAAAACACAGAACACAGUGGCUACUGAAAACCACAACGAGCAAGUUGACCCUCUACUGGUGUCUAUGAUUCAAAGCGCUGCUACAUUAGCGCUGAUUUAUAUACAACACACAAGCCUGAACAACACUCCAGCUGAUAUUUUUACCGGCAGGGCAUAGUGCGCUGGUCUCGCGGUGCUUUGCGGGAAAUGUAGAGCCCCGCCCUCUAAAUCGCUGCAGGAGGAGUGUGCAGAUAGACGCUGAUGCUGCCGGAGAGGGAGAGGAGCAGAGAGCUGAAGGUCUCCCUGUAUUGAACUCAAGAUAAAGAGAGAGAGAGACAGAGCGAAGGGGGAGAUUAUUUUGGCCAUGAGCAGUGAGCACUCCCUGCAGGCUCUGAGCUGGAGGAAGCUGUACCUGAGCAGAGCGAAGCUGAAGGCUUCCAGCAGAACCUCAGCUCUGCUGUCCGGAUUCGCCAUGGUCGCGAUGGUGGAGGUCCAGCUGGACACCAGCCAUGACUACCCUCCCGGCCUGCUGAUAGCCUUCAGCGCCUGCACCACCGUGCUGGUGGCCGUUCACCUUUUUGCUUUAAUGAUCAGCACCUGCAUCCUGCCCAACAUUGAAGCGGUCAGCAACGUCCACAACCUCAACUCGGUGCGCGAGUCUCCACAUGAGCGGAUGCAGCGGCACAUUGAGCUAGCCUGGGCCUUCUCCACGGUCAUUGGCACACUGCUCUUCCUGGCCGAGGUGGUGCUGCUGUGCUGGGUGAAGUUCCUGCCUGUUCGGCCACGGCAGCAGAAGAACGGCACCAUGCCCGCUGGAGUGGCGGCCGCUAUCACCUCCACCUCCAUCAUGGUACCUUUUGGCCUCGUCUUCAUUGUCUUCGCCGUCCACUUCUACCGCUCGCUGGUCAGCCACAAAACUGACCGCCAGUUCCAGGAACUGGAGGAGUUGGAGGAUCUCCAGAACGAACUAGACCAGAGAGGAGAAGCUUCAGCCCUAAAUUCUCCAACAUCGCAGUGACCUAGACCACUCCAGGCCUGAAGCUCUGCUGCAGCUGGGUUAGCUUACCCAGACAGGAAGAAUGCUGGAGCUGGGCUGAUAUGCUCAACGUCACCACGGCUGCUUUUGUACAGCAGCAGAGAGAAAGUAAAGCAAAACGUUCUUUCAAAUGUGUUUAAUAUUAUGAAAAAAAUUUGAAUGUUCUGCCAAAAAAGUAGUUAAAGCACAUUUCCAAUAUUUCUGGCAUUGUUGUUGUUGCUUAGCAACUGAUGGUCGGUGAAAUGAUUCAAGACAACCACACUGUUACAUAUAACAAUUUGGGUAGAACAUUUUUCAGCCAGUAAGACUGUGUGGGCAGAACUAUCUUUAUUCAAAUUGUGGGCUGAUAUCUAUCAAUCAGCAUAACGUUUACUCGUGUAGUUAAAACUGCAGUAAAAUUAAUAAAAUUCCAAUAUUUUACGCAGAAAUUCAGCAUCACCCAAAUAUUCUGCUCUUCUGGACCUGUAUUACUGAAACAUCAGUAAGUCUCUAUGACGUUGAAUUUAGGCAGUAGCUAUUACAGAAUAACACUUCCUAACUUCAUCAUCUUAUCAUUAACUCCAGAUAAGAAAACAGUAUCACAGAAACAUCCUAACUAGACUAAAUCUCCUAAAUACUGUCCUAACUUUAGGAUAAAUCCCAACAGUGUCCUAACUUCUAUUCAGCCAUCCCUUUCAACUGUAAGCUGUUCUAAUGAAAAGAACACAUUGUUUUUAAGCAGCUGUAACAGCCAUAAAUUUACUAACUUUAAACAGCAUAACACUCUUUGUGUAUUUAUUCAGAUUACAGAAACACUGUGGUUCAGACAGACACGUUCAGCAAUGGCAGCUGAUAAUGAGGAGACAGAGUUGAAUGGAAACUUAAUUGGGCACUAAAUAGUGGGUGACACUCAUAUUAAACAGCAGGGGGGGCACUUACAUUUUUUGAUUGCAGUUACUAAAAUAUCCAGUUCAUCACACUUUAUUUUGUUUUCACGCACAUUCACCAUCUGUUCUAUGGCUUACACUACGUUUACUUUUAUGUGUCUGUGGUUGGUUUUUAUGUAACAGACAUAACAAUCAAUUAGCGUCUCCAUCAAGUAGGUUACAAUUUCCUAACUGUAGGUAAGAGGCUGUAAGAUAGGAUAAAAUGCCUAAAUUAAGAUCAGAUUUUCUUCUGUAAUAUGAACUACUGUAAAAUCUUCUCCGGCCAGAUCUUAACACAAAAUUUCGGACGUUUCUGUAAUACAGCUCCUGGAGUUCAUCCAGGUUCAUCAUGGUUUGAAAUAUUAGUCAAAUCUACACAUUUAUCUAAUAAUGAUGAUCUUUCUUAGUUUGUUCUUAAAUGUGUUCUUGAGAAAGGUCCUAAGAAAAGGUUUAUGUCAGAUUCAUGACGUGUUCGUAAAGUGCAGAACUGUUCUCACCUUUGUGCUUCUGAGUGUGUAGAUUCUGUUUUUAUCUAAGAACAAACCCCAAAUAAGAAAACACUGGUGAAUCUCAUGAUCUUCGUCAGAACUGCAUAAAUGGGUUUAAGACAUUUCUUCUUAAGAUCGGUUGUUGAAUGAGGCCCAGUGAGCUUAACUAGGCUUUCUGUGUAAAUUUGGAUUGACACAGAUACUUUAUCCCGAACCAAUCAGCCCGUCAGAUCCCCAUGUUACAUCAGACAAGCUCCUGUGGGAAACUAAUCCAGCUGCACUAGUACAGAUGUGAGCCUGUUUUUAUAGCUGUACUGUGUCUGUCUGGUUUUGCAUGUGGAUAUUCAAACACAAUCUUUCUGUGCUGUGUGCUGUGUGCUGUGUGUGUGUGUGUGUGUGUGUGUGUGUGUGUGUGUGUGUGUGUGUGUGUGUGUGUGUGUUGGAGUCCUGUUCCAGGCCUCACUGCUCAGACCCCAACAUUCCAUGAAGAAAUUCAAGCACAAACUUCACUUUACUUUGUGCAGCCAUUACAAACAUCAAAGUUGUGCUUCAGUCAGGUUUUUAGUUAUGCAUUUUUAAAGUAAAAGUCUUAAAUGUUGAGUUUAAUCGCUUAUAGAAUGACUGAAAUAUUAACUAAAAAUACAGCACUAACCUUAACAUUUCACUUUAAAUCAGCGAUAUAUUAUUUCUUCCAAUAUUAAAGGGGAAAUUCCAUUAUUGCAAGCAUAAUACUAUAUUGCCAAAACAUACUAUGUACGCUAUAUUGCCAAAAAUAUUCACUCGUCUGCCUUCACACACAUUUGUGAGGU